AUGAUCUUGACAGAAUAUAUAGAGAGUAUGUGAAUCGGAAUACACAAUAUUUGAAAGCAAUGAAAAGGGCUAUGGAACGCGCAUCGACUGAUAUAAUGAGGUGUGAUCCUCCUCAAUCUUUAUUAGAUAUUAACUCUUUUUCACUGACAUAUUUUCUUGGAUCGUACUAUUUAAGUACUGAUCAAAUUGGUAUGAGAUGUUCUGGUUCAUGCAAGGAUAUCAAUACAGUUAAUAAAUUAGCAUGUAAAACAGAUCUUAAAGAUGGGGCUGAUGUGAACGUCCCUAAAUAUUGUCCAAAGCGACCAUGCUAUGGCAGGCUACACAGCUGCACGGUCAGAAACGCAUACCAAUUUUGUGAAGCUAAUGAAGGAGCAGGACGUAGAUAUUGGUGGAUAGAGAAGUCAGUGAAUGGUGAGCGCCGUAAUUCCUGCGAUGGACGAGUUGUUGAUACGAUGACCCGAUCAGCAUGUACGGAAUGUAUGUGUGAGUGCGCUGAAGAGGGUGCCGAAUCAACGGCAACACGUACAUUUAGUUUGAUGUCGCAAUAUGCUGAUAUUAAGAAUAAUAUGGUCGUCUCAAAUGUAAGGCUGCGUAAAAAGGACAACGUUGUGCAAAUUCAAAUAGAGCAAGCUCCUCUGAGACCUGGCGGCACGAUAGACCGUGACAACGCUUCUUGGGUACCCCUAGAUAAAUUAGUAUACAGCCAAAACGUACCGGAGGGUGCAUUCUGGAAAAUAAAAGACGGCAAAAAAAUUGGACUUGCUUACGAUGAGGAUUACACUUAUCUGCGUUACAACCGUAAAACCUUAUUCCUUGAUGAUGUUGCCGUAGAAAAAGAUUACGUUGUUACUGGCGUUCGGUUCCGUAACGCGGAAGCAAAUAAUGCUGAUGGUUCAUGGAAUUUAAGCCCAAUACAGUUGGAAGUACUGGCGACAAAGUUUGACUAUCAAAACGGGAUAUUGACUCCAGAUAAGAACGAACCGUUCAAGAGAAUCGUCGCUGACGAAAAAACGCAACGCGGUAAACAACAUUAUGCGACAGGAAGGAGUACAAUAAAACUUUUGGAAGCUCAAGAUCCUUUGAAAAGCCCGACAAAUGAAGUGAUUUCUCAUCCCAACCAACAAAUUUCAUUCAGAAGAUCGAGUAAAAAAGAAAUCGGUCAACUGACAGUCCCUUACUUUGAUUCACGUCCUGCCGCUAGCUCGAGCUUCAUACCAUUGAGUGGUAUUGGAAUUUUCCAUCGUGGGGCUAGAAAUUAUGCAGGAUUCAUAGCCCCUAAAUUAAUUGGUAUUGAUCAUUCGCAAUACGUUGAUUCGGAUUUGACUAACGUGCAAAGUCACUACUAGGAGCUAUAUGUUGAAUAUAA